CGUGCGGCUGUAUGAGCAAAGGUUCGAGGGGAGGGUCCGGCAUUCGCAUUACUUCCGGGUUGGGUCAGGGAGGGAAGUCUCGUAUCGAGUAGAGCUCCGGCCGGCCCAGGGUGUAUUCACGUUCAGACAUCUGAGGUGUUGCUAGAGCCGAACCAGAUCUUUGUGCCAUGGCUGACGGCAGAGAGGGGGAGAGGCUGGAGGCCGAGGAAGAGGCGCUGGGCGCGGAGGGAGGAGAAGAUGUCAUUGAUGAUCCCAUCUUGGAGCAGGGAGUGGUUGUCCUCAGAGGGUAUGUGAUUGAGCGUAUGAACACAGAGGAUCCCAGCCGGCACGUCUGCCCAGAAGAUCUGGGAGGAAGGACACAUGAGCAAGAGGAUCCACAAGUCAAAGAAGUGGUGGAACAGCUGCUUAAAAUAGCAGACGAGCUAAACAGAAAUGCAGAGUUUCAGCGACUGAUCAAUCAGGUUCAGGCCAACUGUGCCCAGGAGGUCUUCAUGAUGGUGGCCAGGAGCAUCUUCAUUGAUGGCAUCAACUGGGGACGGGUGGUGGCUCUCUUUCAUCUGGCCUACAGACUCAUAUACAGGGCUCUGACCACCGACCACCUGGAAAACAUCAGGAUGGUGAUCAGCUGGGUUCUUCAGGUGAUCAGGGACCUCCUUUAUCCCUGGCUGGUGCAGCAGGGGGGCUGGGUAGGCGUAAUCCAAAACUUUUCCCAGUGGAGGACUGUGGCCAUUGUGGCAUCAGUAGUUGUGGUGGCAACCUUUGUUUACUACAGAAAGACUCAAUGAGACCACCGGUCUUCCUGGCUUUAGCAGCAUGCUGAUGAAGAUGGAUUUUGGACAACAAUCACAAUAAUUCUACCUCCAUCUUUAUACAACAAGAAGGAGGAAAGUACUGAACUCUGAGGAGAAGAUCUUCUCCUUUCUCAGGUUUUCAGCUUCCAAAACCAACCUCUGAUAUAGCACUUCUGUCCUCCUUUACCACAUUUGGCUUCCACUGCAAAGACCUGUGUAGCAAGUUUAGGUGAUCCACAGGUCGUAACCAGACCUGUGGACGUGAACUGGGUUGCCAGAUCUGAUUAGGCCUCAAAAAUCCAGACUGAAGCUCAGAAAGCACCCUUUAUGCUGCAGCUUCCCUCUGCUUUAAUGACACAUUCUGCAAAGGUCCACCAUCUUUUUCUGUUCUUUCAUGUUUGUAAAACAGCUGCAGCGUGAAGGCUGGCCUUAAGUUGGCGACCAAACACUCCAGAACGCCUCUGAGGAGAGCUGACUGUUAGGGUUUCUUUGUUCAGGUCAGUCUUCGAUAGUUCCUAAUAUGUGGGGUUUUGGCUACUUGGAUCACAGCAGCCUUUCUCACACUGCCCUUCGCUCUUUUCCUUCAGAGUAAUCCAGAUUAUUUUGUUUGUGUCAGGCUCCACAAGUAGGAGUCAGUGUUGAGUCUAAACCUAAUCUGUCUAGAGUUGCUGAAGAAUUUGUUUUGAUUUCAGUCAUGGUCAGAUAUAAAGUGGCAUCUCUAAUGCUCCCUGUAGUGUUUUAGAAGAAGAUAUUUUAGCCAACAUAAUGUAAUGAUAGUAAUUAUUGGUUCAGAUUAAAGCUUCAGAUUGUAGCUAGGGUGACCAGAUCCCAACAUGCCAAAUGUGGGACAACAUGAAGUUCCAAUGAGAAAAAAACAAACAAACAUAAGGUAUAUUCUGCCUCUUAGCCCUACAUCACUGUUACAUAUACAUACAAUUAUUAUUAUCAUCAUAUAUUUCUGACAUAUAUUUUAUUUGAAUUCAACAUGAAGAGGCAUACAGCAAAAGCACAGUUCCUCUCACGUUACCACAACAGUAGUGGCUCUGAUCAUUUUAAUAAUGCAGAUAGGCCCACAAUAAUGAACACAUGCAGGUUUAAACAGCUUUGCAGAGUUUUCAUUGAAUGUUUUCCACAACAGAAUGACAGUAAAGUACCAGUAAUAUUUUUUAGAUCUAUUUAUGUUUGUUUUUAACGAAAUUUCCACUAAAAUCAGCAUCUCAUAGAAAAAAGAUCCAUACUUUUUAGCUAUUUUUUCAUAAUUCAGAAACAAAAGUUUUUUUUAACAUGACAACAAAUCUCUUCUAGAUUAUAGGUGAGAGAAUAAACAUCAGAUUCUAAUCUCUAAACAUUUCAGAUAAUAGUUUCUUAGAGUCACUUUUUGCCUCAAAUGUCUGAGAAUAAGUGAUGAAAGCUUUCAUUUACUCAUUAUUUCUUCACUCUGCUUUAAGGGCUCAGCAUGUAGCAGGUAUCUGAAACCGCAGCACCUUGUCUGUGUUAGAGCCUCCAUUGUGUUUAUCAUGGACCUGUCUAAUUACUGGAAAACCUGCUUUUGGCCUCUUCAUAUCGGACUCCGCACCGAGACAUGAAGAACGACUCAGAAACAACAAAGACUCUGUCGAGUAUCUCUGAACACGUUUAAUUUACGAGUUAACAGCAUUUUCUCCUCCGUGCUCGCUCACGCUUGUUUUGGUGGUUCGGGCACGCUCCGGAUCUGCGAUAAAGUCCCGCCUCCGUCUGAUUGACAGCAACAGGCAGAUUUCUCCACAGUUUCUUCUAUAAGAUUGAAACUCGUACGGGAAACUGUCAAAAUAAUGCGGGACAUCAGUCUCAAUCUGCGGGACUCGUGAAAAGUGAUGAAAAUGCGGGACUGUCCCACACAAAGCGGGACGUCUGGUCACCCUAGUUGUAGCAGAACAGAAACACCAUCAGGACACUGGAUGCUCCAGCAUGCUCCUGCAAGUCCAUUAUGGAUUUUUGGUACAGUUACGCUGAAACAUGAAGUUUGUGGUUUCCUGCUUUUUGACCAGCAUGACCAGAGCUGGACUGGUCUGAAGGGGCACCAUGUGAACAGAAACAGGACAAAGAGCAGCUUGUUCUACUCCAUGCUGACAGAAAUCCAUGUGAAGACACGGACAUGAUGUCAGACACGUGGCUUAUCAGAAACCUUUAGUCCUGUCAUAUGGAUCUGAAUGUAAACCGUGAAGCUGGAGUCUCAGCGGCAUGAGCGGCCAAAUCCCGGAAGAGGCAUGUGUUUGUCCUGAGCGGCCUCUGACGUGGUGCAGGACCCAUCUGCAGUGACACGCAGCUUCUAUAAAACCCUCUUUCUGUCUCUUCACAAGACCGUCUCACUUACCAGUCCCCCAUUUUAUCUUCUUACUCCGUAUUUAAAGCGUGUUCUUGAAUGAAAUGCUUUAUUGGAUCUUAGUGAAUAUUUCCAGAGCUUUAGUACUUCUGUGUGUUUUUAUUUAUAUCCUCCAGUUUUACAGCCUUUUUAAUCCCUUCAGUCCUAAUAAGUGAAACAAGUGUCACCUUUCUAAACCACAGUGAAGCUGAGGCAUGUUGAAGUAACCUGAGGUCAGUGGCGGCUGGCUGACCUGGGGUCUGCUCUUGACUUCCCUGUUAGUGUCUCAGUAUUUUACAGUGCAAUAGUCUGCACCUUGAAAAGAGUAUCACACUAUUUUUAAUCAUCCUGGGGUCACUUUUUAAAAAAUGCCACUUCAUAUUUGUUUAAAAAAUGAUUUGAUGGAGUUUUAUUUCUGUGAAUAAAUUUACAACAUGUUCUAA